AUGGAGAAGAGAGGUGGAUGGGCGCCAUUGAAAAAGAUUCGAGUGGAAGAAGAAGAAGAUUCAAGCCCAUGGAAGAUCAAGAAAACCCUAACUCGCGAGGAGCUUAGCACGAAAGGGCAAUGCGUGAGAUUACAAGAUUCCGACGUGAAGAAUUUUAUUCUGAAUAACUGGAGCGAAAUGAUUGUCAAAAGAGCCGAAAUAGACGACAUUAGGAUAACGGUCGACGAUUUGGACACGGGAAGUGAGCACGAGUCCAGUUUCAGAUACUAUAAACCUCACCCGAAACAUAAGGGUGGAUAUUUCCUCCAAGGUUUGUGGAAGUACAAUUUCGUGGAGAGGAGAUCCCUUUCCGCCGGAGAUGAGAUCGGUCUGUUUUGUGAUCCUCGUACCAAAAAACUAUGUUUCUCUGUCUUGAAGCGAGCUAAAACCGAACAAGAUUCAAAUCUGCUGAAUACAUAAACAGCUGUAAUUGAUAAAGGGGAGAU